AGCAGAGGCACAGGCGGUGCACCCGGCCAGGAAGAGGACGGCGAGGCAGAAGGCAGCUUGGGUGAAAGGCUUGGGAAGAGCAGAACACCCCCCCCCUGCAAGAGGUGCCGCAUGGCCCUUCCCCUGGCCCUCCUGGCCCUCUCGGCCCUGGCCGGAGCCCUCAGCCAGCCGGACCUCUGCGAAUACGAGACCAACAAGAUCAAGGACCUGCUUCAGGCCAGCUGCGCCGGGAAGGGGCUGGCGCUGGUGCCCUCGGGGCUGGACAACGGCACGGGCAUCUUGCUGCUGGGCUCCAACCGCCUGGCUCGGGUCUCCACGGCCUCCUUCCGGCACCUGCGCAACCUGACGGACCUGGACCUGUCGCACAAUGGGAUGGGGGAGCUGGAGGCCGCCUCCCCUCUGCCCGGCCUCCAGGAGUUGGACCUCUCCUACAACGCCCUGAAGCGCCUGCCCGCCCUGCAGGGGUUCCCCAACCUGCGUCGCCUGUCUCUGGGCCACAACGCCCUCUCCUGGCUCCCCACGGGGGGCUUCCGUGCCCUCGGGGGCCUGACGGACCUGGAACUACAGGGGAACCGGCUGCAAAGCCUGCCGGAGGGAGCCUUCUCGGGCCUGGCUGCGCUGAAGGACCUGGACUUGUCCGAGAACCUUCUGACGGCGCUGCCACCGGAGCUGCUGGUGGCGCUAGGGGCGCUGCACACGCUGCGCCUGGAGAGGAACCGGCUGCAGGCUGUGCCAGAGGGCUUCUUCCCCGAGGGGCAGCUUUUUGCCUACGUCUACCUGGCCGGGAACCCCUGGCUCUGCGACUGCGCACUGGAGUACCUGCGUGACUGGAUUGUCGAGAAUGAAUUCAGUGUGUACACCCGGGUGCAAGGGCCGGAGAAAGAGAUCACGGAGAACGAACCCGAAAGCGUCACGUGCCAAGAACCCCCGGAAGUGCUGGGGCAGCCCGUCAUGACCUUCCACCUCGACUGUGUGCUGGAGGGGCCCAGGGGGGGCUUAGGGGAUGAGAAGCCGUCUGGGCUCCAGGGAUCCACCUCGGGCCCCAGCACUUCCCCUGAUGUGCCCUCCGCCCCACUUUUCCCUACGACCUCCACAGCCUCCCCCACAAGGCCGGAGCCUCUGGCCUCUGCACAUCCAACCCGCUCACUGACCACAAGGAAAGCCACCCCCCUGACACGCUCCCCAACCACGGCCACCCCAAACACUUCGCCCACCACCCUGGGCAGUCUGCCCUCAACGGUCCCCACAACUGUCCCCAUGGCAGCCGCUGCCACCAGCCCGUCACCCACCACCCUGGGCAGUCUGCCCUCAACCGUCCCCACGGCAGCCACUGCCACCAGCCCGUCACCCACCACCCUGGGCAGUCUGCCCUCAACCGUCCCCAUAGCAGCUGCUGCCACCAGCCCGUCACCCACCACCCUGGGCAGCCUGUCCCCCACAAGACGCCCAGGCUCCACUGCCCAUCUUCCACCGCCUCCUGCUCCGGACCACCCUGCCUACUGCCAGUGCCCCAUGCUGCCCGGCAGGGCCUUAGGGCUGACCAGGCCGCAGCCACUGCCAGUGUCCUGGGGAGCCUGGUUGGCAGCUACUUGCUGCCCUCUGCGCCUGGUGCUGUACGUGGCUUGCCUGGCGCUGGUGUCCCUGUCAAUCCUAGCAGUGCUCUGCUGGUGGGCCUGGAUGUGCGUGGGCACCCGGGGGUGGUCCUCAGAAGGGGCCCAGCCAGCCAGGCACCAACAGCUGCAGCAUGCAGCAUGCGACACGUGCCAUGUGCCACGUGCGGGCUACCAGCCUCUGCCCAGGGCCCGCCUCUACCGUGUCUGCAAGAAGCUGGAGAUCGGGCCCCUCCGCUACGUCACCUGGCUACUGAUCAGCUUGCCGGGACCUUCAGGACAGUGGCCUUGGGAGCGCACGGGCAGACUCCCCUCCUACAGGCUGGACCGAGGGGAGAAGGAGGGCCCCUGGCCUCGGCGGGUGAAGCAUGCCUCCUCCACGCUGUAGGUGGGCUGGGAAACUGAAGGGGUGAGGUGCGGCCUCCCCCUCCCCCCCCCCAAAAACCCUGGUCCCCAAGGGGCUCUCCACUAACGUGGAUCUCAUCAGGAGCAGGCCGUGGGCUCCCAUCUCCCCCCCCACACGU